UCCGUCGCCCCUUGCGCUCCUUCUUCCUUCCUUGAUCGAGCUCGCCCGAAUCUGUAAACCAGGCGGGAUCUUUCCCUCCAUUCCAAUCCCGCAGCCUUCGCUCUCGUCCGCGACUGCGCUCAAAAUCUCUUUUUUCGAAUCCAUUUUCUGUCGAAAGCGCCGAUCCGAGAGGUAUUGGUGAGGCGAGGAGUGGGAAGGUCGGACCUUUGCUGCCCUCCGGGGUCUGGAGAUGGGCGGGGUCACGUCGUCGUUGGCGGCUAAGUUCGCAUUCUUCCCUCCGUGCCCGCCCUCGUAUGGCGUGGUGGUCGCCGACGAGGCGGCGGGGCGGGUGGAGAUGACGGGGGUGCCGCCGCGCGAGAACGUGGAGGUCCGGCGUCUGCGGACGCGGCGGAACACGGAGAUCGUCGCCAUGUACGUGAAGAACCCCGCCGCGAGUCUCACCGUGCUCUACUCCCACGGCAACGCCGCCGACCUCGGGCAGUUGUACGAACUCUUCUGCGAGCUCAGCAAACAUCUCUGCGUCAAUCUCAUGGGGUAUGAUUAUUCAGGGUAUGGGCAAUCUUCUGGAAAGCCGAGUGAGCAAAAUACUUAUGCAGAUAUAGAAGCUGCUUAUCGGUGUCUUGAAACGACAUAUGGAGCUCAUACGGAGAAUAUUAUUCUUUAUGGCCAAUCAGUCGGUAGCGGACCUACGCUGGAAUUGGCUACUCAUUUACCGAACUUGCGAGCCGUUGUGCUCCACAGCCCGAUUUUGUCUGGUUUGCGGGUCAUGUAUUCUGUGAAGCAUACUUACUGGUUCGAUAUAUAUAAGAACAUUGAUAAAAUUCCUUCAGUUCAAUGUCCAGUGUUGGUUAUACAUGGUAUGGCUGACGACGUUGUGGAUUCAUCCCAUGGAAAACGCCUUUGGGAGCUUUGCAAAGAAAAAUAUGAACCUCUAUGGAUCAAGGGAGGGGAUCACUGUAAUUUGGAAUUGUACCCAGAAUACAUAAGGCAUCUUAAGAAGUUCGUAUCGGCAAUCGAAAAGAUACCUCCGGCUGAAACUGCACAUAUCGAGAGAUCACUUCUACAGGGUCCUCCUACUACAAGUUCUGAUCACUUUGUCCUCCAGAGAACAAGCACAGAUGGGAGGGAAAAACCGAGAGCAAGUACUGAUCGUAAAGAGAAGGGUAGGAAUAGUACCGAUAGGCAAGAUAAAACGAGAGUAAGCACAGAUAAGAAGAAGAAAUUAAGAAAGAGCUUUGAAGUCACUGAAAAAGCAAGAAUUAGUGUGGAUCAGCAAGAAAAACCAAGGAAGAGCUUUGAUCGGUUUGGAGGGAUGAUAAAGUCGGUUAGCUUGUGCAAUAUUGACUGUUUCAAUGUCCCUGCGUCUCAAAUCGAGGAGCCCAAAGGCAAGUGCUAGUACUCAGUUGCAUCAACCUCUCCACAAUGAUGUUGUUUCUUUCCUUGAAGAAGGGUCCAUCUUAGUUGUUUUGUCACCUGUCCUCAUGAAGGAAAGUUUUCCCUUGUGUUAUCCAAUUGAAUAAAAAUAUAAGCAAUGUUUGAAGUGCUUACCUUGUGGGGUUCAAACUUAGCUAUGUUCUCUGUUCUGUGAAGUUUCUAAAGUCGAAAUAAUCUGCAGAAAAAAGAAGGCUAUUCAUAGAGAAGUCAAAUAUUUUUCAUGAAUUUUUGCCAG